UCUCAAGCUGAUUGUUCAUUCAAUUUCAAGAUGGCGGUCAGCUGGAUGCUAGGGGUUCUUGUUUUUAUUUGUAGUUUUUUUGAAUAUUUAGCGGAUGAUAGCCAACGCGUAAAUCGUUUUGAAUACAAAUUUAGUUUUAAGGGCCCGCAUCUUGUUAAUAAGGAUGGGCAAGUGCCGUUUUGGACAGUGGGUGGAAGUGCUAUUCCUAGCAGCGAUCAAGUCAGAAUAACGCCGUCUUUGAGGGAUAAAAAAGGAUACAUGUGGACCAAAAAUCAAUACUCUGCAGAGUCAUUUGAAAUUGAAGUUACUCUAAAGGUGUCAGGCCAGGGUCGUGUUGGUGCCGAUGGAAUGGCAAUUUGGUUCACUGAAGUUCCGGGCCAAGAAGGUUCUGUGUUUGGCAGUAACAGUCCCUGGAAUGGCCUAGGGAUCUUGCUGGAUUCCUUUGAUAAUGAUGGACAAAAUAAUAACCCAUUUAUAUCAAUCAUGGUCAAUGAUGGUAGCAUGGUUUAUGACCAUCAGAGUGAUGGUAACAACCAAGCACAAGGUGGAUGCUUAAGAAAUUUCAGAAAUCGUCCUUAUCCUGUUAAAAUAAGAGCCCGCUAUUAUGAAAAUGUUCUAACAGUGUGGUUCCAUCAAGGCAUGGCAGAAAAAGCAGAGUAUGAACUCUGUACAAGAGUAGAAGAUGUCAAAUUACCGAAGACAGGGGUGUUUGGUCUCUCUGCUGCUACUGGUGGCCUUGCAGAUGAUCACGAUGUCAUAUCGUUUAUAACUCACAGUAUUACAUCACCUUCUGAUGUGAAGAAGAAAAUGUCAGAAGAUGAAAUGAAGAAACUUUCAGAACAAUAUGAUCAAAUGACAGAGAAAUUCCAGAAAGAAAAGGACGAGUACGCAAAAGCUCAUCCAACGCAGCCCAGUCCGGAAUCACAGUAUGAAACUUCAUAUGAUCGUGACCUUAAACUGAUUUACGAGGGUCAGAAUGCCGUCCAUCAUAUUGUCAAUAAUUUGCACAAGAAAACGGGCGAGUUGACAACCCAGGUGAACGAAUUGCAAAGAAUCAUGUCCCAAGACAAUGUUGGUGGUGGAGGAGGGAAGGAUUCUGUCACAAGACAGGAAGUAAACAGUAUCAUAAAUCUUCAAAAUCAGCUGACCAGCAGCAUGGAAGAAGUAAAAAAUCUAGUUCGUGGUCUAAAUGGCGGCGUCGUGAAACGGGACGUUGGCGACGAUGCUGGUAACACAGCUAGCGAAAUUAAUAGUUUAAGAAAUACCAUGGAAAUUAUGAUGGAAAAUGUUAACCAUUUGGUUACCAAACAACAGUUUGCAGGCAAGGAGCCAGGGAAAGAUAACGCUGAUAAAGGAUGUCCCGUCGUAGAAAAACCAAACUGUAUAGGACCUGGCUAUUUUGUGUUUCUCGUAGUUAUACAAAUGGUCGCUCUUAUUUCAUAUUUCACGUACAAAAGUCAGAAAGAGGCGGCGGCGAAGAAAUUCUAUUGAUGAACCAAAAAAGGCCGGGUCGAAAUUUCAGAAUUAAAUUUAAGACAACAUUGCAUGUUGUCAAAAUGUCGAACUUGCCUAAACUCUAGCUCCAUUUCUGUCGCAAUACAAUUGGCGGGAGUAAAUUACGCGCAAACAGUACAAACCCAUUCAUGACUCUUAGGUUUCAAAGUACAUUGUCACUGGAAAUGGUAUUUAUAUAAAAAUAAGCCUUUGUAAAUUUUUCCUUGGAAAAUGGGGAAGCCCUUGUGGCACAAAAGAAUAGCACGGAUAGAAAUAUUAUUAUAGAAAGAUGAAAAAAUUCAACCAAACUUGAAUAUUUUCAAUUGCAAUGUGCUUUGAGAACAGCUGUUACUCACAAUUUUGUAUAAAUAUUGUCAUACUUGAUGGAACAUUUGGAGCUUUAUUCAUAGAUAGCUAUAAAAUAAUAUUAUUAUUACCAUGGGUAGUGGUAUGAAAUA